AGUUUUCCAAUCAUGAAAUUUUGGAUGAUAAUGGUAUCUUUGAGCUGUUCUGGAAAUACAAUGAAACCCACAUCACCUUCGAGGCCCAUGUUCAAACUCUGGGAUAUGUUGGAUUAGGACUAUCUGCCCAUGGUAAGAUGUUUCCAGCAGACGUGGUUGUAGGCUGGGUUAAAGAUGGCAAAACAUAUUUUACUGAUCGUCACACUAUUGGACAUUACGAACCCAUCAUUGACCAAUCUCAAGACUGGUUCCUUAUAUUUGGAAAAGAAGAAAAUGGUAAAACUAUAUUGAAGUUUGUAAGGAAGAUUCUGUUGUGUGACUCCGAAGAUAUCUCCAUUGAGGAUGGUACAACUAAAGUUAUUUAUGCCUGGAAUUCUGAAGAUCCUAUACAUGAAACUGGUUUAUCUUACCAUGGUACCAAUAGAGGUGCUAGAAAUCUUCUGUUACUGAGUCCUACACAGCAUAGACAUCUCCCUGCCGAUGCCAAACAUUUUGACUUUCUUAACAAACAGUUUCAUUUACCAGCACGUUUGACCUAUUACCAUUGUACAUCAUUUAAAUUACCAGAUAUUGGUGGUAAAAAUCACAUGGUGAUGUUUGAACCAAUUCUACAGAAAGGUAACGAAGGGGUAGUACACCAUAUAUUAGUUUACCAUUGUCCACCAUCGAAACAAUAUGCUGAUAAAUUUAUUAAUAUGGAAUAUGAGUGCUAUGAAGAUGCACCUCGCGAAUUAAAUGAAUGUCGAGCUAUUAUGUUGGCCUGGGCUGUUGGUGGCGGACCAUUCUAUUUCCCUGAUGAUGUUGGUAUGCCUAUAGGUGAAAGUACAGACAGUGGUGUAUUUGUACUAGAGACACAUUAUAAUAAUCCUACAUAUUUAUCAGAUGUUGUUGAUAGUUCUGGAUUAAGGAUGUACUUUACACCUACACUAAGAAAAUUUGAUGGCGAUAUAAUGCAGACCGGAGUUGCUGUAGACUCCUUGCAAAUGAUACCACCAGGUUAUGCCAGCUUCUUAUCUACUGGUUACUGUGGCGUUGAUUGUACUAACAGGGCUUUUAAAGAUCAUCCUGAGGGUGUCAAGGUAUUUGGUAUAUUUCCACACUCACACCUGUUGGGUGAAGCUGUUAGAUCACGUAUUAUCAGAAAUGGUGUAGAAACUGUUAUUGCAGAUGAUGAAAAUUAUGAUUUUGAUUAUCAAGAAUCACGUCUGUUGAGUAAGGAGGUCGUUAUCAAACCAGGUGACAUUAUAGAAACUGAAUGUAGAUAUAAAUCUGAUGAUAAAUCUACUGUUACACUCGGAGGUUUGUCAACCAAUGAAGAGAUGUGUUUAGUAUUUUUGAUGUACUAUCCACGUGUUGAUAUAGGACAGUGUUCGAGCUUACCUAUAUACGACAUGUAUCUGAAAAAUGGACCAAAUAAUGAAAACGUUCGUAAGAUGAUUAAAGAUCUUGGAACUAUGGACUGGACCAAUAAAACAAUCCAAGAUCAAUUUUCACAAUCCACUCAACAAUCACGUCACUAUUACACAUGUAUAGGCAAAGAAGGCUAUUCCUCGUAUCAGAGAACAGAGGGUGCUCCACCUACCAUAUCAAAGAAAUAUGUUCCCAAAGAUGUUUGUUCCGAGAAGGUCUUAAUUGGUUAAUCUCUGGAGAAUAAAGGAUGGAAUUGAUGUACAUGGAAACGGACUUUGAACUUAAACCUUGCAUUGUGUGAUCUACAACUGAACUAAACAACUGAAUUAAUUAAUUGUUAAUAACUGUUGAAGUUAAAAGAUGA